AUGAGUGCUUCUGCUCCAGGGUCUUCGCGAUUCCCAAAUGCCGCAAGCACGUCUAGCAACAGCCUCUCUGUUGGACCCCGUACAGUCUCGUCUAUGCUCCCACCCUCAAUCCCAACAAAGAGUUCAUCCACCAACCAUAAGCCUAAAUAUCCAUUUUCACAGCCAAACUCUGUGUUAAAUGUUUCAAAUCAGAGUGUUAAAUCAUCAGGUCCCCUUUCACAGAAUCCAAUGAACGCAGUAGCGUCUUCAUCGACGUUGGAUUUCAAAAAGAAAGACUUUCCAUCUUCUUUGGAUAGUAAACUCUUUGAGCGCGCGAGGCAAUCCCCGAGAAAAUCUGAGAGUAUACUUGGCCGAUCUGUUUCUGCAAGGGAGCCAACAAAGGGCAAAGGUGCCCCUACCUUUAGGCCUCGUUCUGCUACAGGCGAUUUCAUCGAUCUUUCUGGCCCCAAUUCCUCUCAACUUUCCGCAAAAGAUCCAAAUACAGUGGUGGACAUGUCUGAUGACGAUGACCCGCCUCCGAAGCGAAUGGUCGCCCGCAAAAGCGCGGGGGGUAAAAUGGCCCGAAAACCACCAACUACGGAUAAUAUGGAACCGGAGGUUAUUGAAAUCAGCAGCGACACUGACGAGGAAUUACCGCCCAAAGUUCGGCCUCCUAUCCAGUCCUCUAAUUCUCAGCCUUCCACGUUAAGGAAUUCAAAUCACACAUCCACUGUAGACAUAUUGUCGAAAGUACAAAAAACUUCUCCAUCAUCAAGGCGGUCUAGCGGAAGCGACAAAAUAAAUGUGGGCUCCGCGUUUCUUAACCCCUCUAAGCCACAACAAUCAGGAUCAACUGCAGACCGCGCGGAGGAGAAAGCUUUGAAUCAAGUACCACCCCAAAAUAUGGAUGUCGAUCCUACACAACCAUCUUUGCUCGCAUCUCAUCCCGUCAAUUUCGUUUCUUCACAGACUAAAUCAUCUAUACCACCGAAACAUAGACGCGGAGUGUCCGGCCUGGAGAUCCGCGACACGGUCACGAAGGCUAGACAAUCGUCCCAAGAAGACAUGCAAGUGGAUGAUGACAAGGAUCCCUCCCAAAUCAUGUCUAGUACGCCUCGACAAGCCUUGAUAUCCCCUGCUGGGUCUGGAAUUACUGGACUCAAUCGGUCUCGAGGCGAUACAGUCUCUCAACCAUCCUUACCACCUGCAUCAACCCACACACCAAGGCUAUCAGACACAUUAAAGCGCAAUAACUCCAUCACUUCUACUCAAAAUUCACUGGCAUUAUCGCCAGAUGUGGAACAUGAUAAACCUAUUCCGCCAAGUUCGAGCUUCUCCGGGUCCUCUAUAGUUCAAAAUUCUAUAAACAUCUCAAACUUGUCAAUAUCAAGUUCCAACACAAAGUCAGUCGGCAAGCCUGUUCCUACAUUGCAAAACUCUAGUGCAGGUCCAAGCACAACUCUAGCUCACCCUACAGCCCAUCAAACCAUUUCCUCAGUUAAGAAACCAGACACCAGCUCUAGCACAAAAUCAAUACCAGAGCCUUCAUCCAGCCAACAAACAACUAAGAAAGACUUAGAGACUUCUUCGGCCAGCAAGCCACUGCGGUUCGGACGCCCCCAAGUAGCCGUCAAAUCUGCUGGAGGUAAUAGAAUGAAGCAGCGCAGAAGGUAUUCCUCGUCGCCACCCUCCGACUCCAGUGAAGAUUCAAGCUCGAACAGCGACGAAGAUUCGUCUUCUCCGAAUGAACUGUCUCCGAGACGGUCAUCCAAAGGAGAACAAGCAAUUAAUAAGCUCUCCUCACAUGUGCCAGCUAAGAAAGCAACUCGUACUCCUGACCGCUCUAUCUCGGUCAAGAAACAACCUAUUACUCCUAAAUUAUUUAAAUCUCCUAAUUCAACACCCGCACAAUCCCCGACCAAAAAUAAAUAUACCCCAGGACAACGGGCGCCAGCAUCAUUGUCAUUACAGGCAGGUAUUGCAUCAGGUUCCAAACCCUUUCCCAGUAGCUUUCGGCACCGGGGUGACACAAUUGAAUCUGCAAUCGACCUUACAUCCGACAUUGAGAAUGACGAUUUACUGUUAGAGCCUAUCAAAGUUGCCUCAGAAAAGCUCGUUGGGCAGCUAUCUAAAUGGAAAGGGAAGGGUCGAGCUGUUUCACCACCUGACGAGCCACUCAAACCGUAUAUCCAAACACCUCGCUCUGGUACCGACGAACUCCUUCUGAAACCAUCAGAAGAAGAACCUUCCCCCCCACCUGGAUCCUCUUCUCCUCCCUUGUUAUCUCCGGCCACUCCCGCUGCAGAAUUUUCAGAAGGGUUUGAUGGGAGUGGUCGCCAGAAGGCGGACAAACGACGCAAUUCUGCACCUGCAGUACCAGACGUUGACAAUAGGCCGGCCUCCAGUAAUGUCCCAGCGAUUGAGGUCUCAAAUUUAACAGACAUCCGUGCCAAGGCUGCAUCGCCUGGGCGGGCAUAUACAAAGCCUCUUUCUGCUGGGUCAAAACCUCCUCCUUCGAUACAGUCAGUUGUAUCAAGGGCAGAUCAAAUAACCAAUGCACAGGCAUCGAACAUGACAGUACAGGGUGCUCUCACUACUAAUCGACCCUCAUCGAACUUCGAACCUACUUUCCUUACUUCCACUACCGGGACGCGUGCCAAAUCGUCUCCUGUCGUACCUCGUAUCUCAUCUGUAUCAUCCAGCAAAUCAAAACCUCAACUGGUAGAAUCAAAGGUCAUACCUUCGUCUAUCGAAAGCUCACCAGCCAAGGAAUCAGCAGAGGAGAGCGCUCCAAACGACGAUGACGAAUUGUCAGGUAUGUCAUCAGACAUUGAAAUGCGGGGCGCUCAGACUUCGGAAGAUGAAGCCAUGCAGGAGAGUGAAGUUCACGACGCUCUCAUGGAGGACGAUGCUCCACUUGACACUUUUUCGGAGCAAGAGACCGGAGAAGCAUCUGCGAGCGAGGAAACAGAAAAUUCGACUGAAGCUGAUUUGUCCGCCGCACCAUUGUCGCUCGCCAGGACUAUUCGCCAAAUGUCGCGCAGGUCUUCGCAUUCAUCUGGGCCAGCUGACAGUGACCUAGCGGAACGUGAUGUAACUCCUGUCAGCCGAGAUACAACUCCAGAUGAUGUGGUGCCGCUGCCACUUGUUCCGACAGUGAAUAAAACGCUCGGAGGCUUCCCUGCCAUCACUUGGAAUGAAUAUCGCCAGGAUCUAAACAAUUUCAUUCCGAAGUGCUUGCGCAGUGAGGAUUUGCCACACAGCCUCCAGGAUCAAAUCAACUUUAUGUCAGAAUAUAUGCAGAAAAUGCCCGCUUUGCGCGACGUUUUCGAGGCAAUGAUUCUUGAAAACACCAUUGAGAAUGAGCCCGAAGCGCCACCCAUUCGAGUCAUCAAUGAUUUAGACGACGAACCGACGCCGCCCUGGGAAUUUCAUUAUACUAAUGAGAUGUGGCAUGGAAAGGAUGUUCCAGCUCCGGACAUGAAGAGUCUCAUAAGCUGCACAUGCAAAGGAGGUUGUAGUCCGAAAUCCAAAACAUGUGCUUGUCUCAUACGUCAGCGCAAGGAAUCUGAUGAUCCCAAUAUCUCAGAGUUUGCCUAUGACAAACAUGGGAGGCUCAGGACCCCAGAGUAUCCCAUUUUUGAGUGCAAUGACCUCUGUGGGUGUGGUGAUGAAUGUAGAAACAGAGUUGUUCAACAUGGCAGAAAAGUCCAGGUUAAUAUUAAAAAAACCAAACACAAAGGAUGGGGCAUUUUUGCUGGUAAUAAGCGGAUUCCUAGUGGGACCUUUAUUGGCAUUUAUUCUGGAGAACUUCUUUUGGAUGCAGAAGCACACGAACGUGGAACCUAUUACAACAAAUCUGGGAAGACAUAUCUAUUCGACCUUGAUUUUUAUCAUCUGAAAAAGGAUUAUGUAAGUGUGGAUGGCAAAGAGUGGACCAACAAGUAUACUAUAGAUGCCUACCAGGCUGGCAAUAACCACUCCUGUGAUCCAAAUUGCUCACUUCAAGCCUGCUAUAUCAAUGAAGGCAAUCUAGACAAGCCACUUCUAGUGUUUUUCACCCACAAGGACAUUGAGGCCCAUGAAGAAAUUUGUUUCGACUACUCCGGUGGAUUUGAGGAAGACAUUGUGGAACAAGACGAGGAAGCGGACGAGGCAAAAAGUGAUGACAAGAUAUAUGCGAAGUGCAUGUGCGGAGCAUCGAAUUGCAAAGGCACUAUGUUCAAGCGAUGA